AUGGUGGAUGCAGCAGUGACCUUGGUGGCUGUGAAGUUGGGUUCCUUCCUAGUGCAGCAAGCAUCAUUGUUGGGAGGAGUGCACGACGACUUCGAAGAAAUCAAGCGCGAGUUCGAGAGCAUGCGAUCCUUCUUGAAGGAUGCAGACAGAAGGAAAGAAAGCAAUGAAGGAGUGAAAAUUUGGGUGGGGCAAGUAAGAGAUGUGGCAUACGAAGUAGAGGACCUCAUCGAUGAGUUCGAGUUCCGCAUGGACAAGCGCGGCGGAUUCAGGGGUCUUCUCCAUAACUCACUCCGCCGCCCAAAGAGCAUUGUCGUUGUGCAUCAGAUGGCCAGCCAGCUGCAAAAGGUCAAGUCUAAGGUUGUUGGUAUUUCAGAAAGAAGGAACCGGUAUGGUUUAGAUAGGAUAGAAGAAGGGGCGAAAGCUGAUGAAACAUGGCAACGCUACGGAGAAUCAUCUCUAUUCAGGGAGGAAGAUGAUAUAGUGGGGAUCAAGAAGAGCCAAGAUUUACUAGUGGGAUGGUUGACAGACGACGAACCAAGGCGAAGGGUGAUUUCGGUUUUGGGCAUGGGAGGUAUGGGUAAGACUACCCUAGCAGCGAAAGCUUACAACAGCCAAGUUGUAAAGAGCCAUUUUCAUUGCCAUGCACGGAUCACAGUCUCGCAGUCUUACAGAAUUGAGGAGGUACUGAGAAGCCUGGUAAGAGAAUUCUUUGAGAGGAAAGAGAUGGUUCCGGACAACUUGAGCAUAAUGAAUUACGGGCAGCUCAUCACAACACUCAACGACUACUUGAAACAGAAGAGGUACAUGGUCGUCUUGGAUGAUGUUUGGAGCAUCAAUGCCUUGGAAGAAAUCAUCAUCGCGUUUCCAGAGAAUAUAUGUGGGAGUAGGGUAUUGCUUACGGCUCGAAACGAAGAUGUAGCUUAUUCCUCCGGACCUGAGAACCACGUCUACUACCUUGAGCCUCUAGAUGAGGCGGCGGCUUGGGCUCUCUUCUGCAAGAAGGCAUUUUGCAAUGAUCGCGAGCGUUGUCCUCCUGAGCUGGAGCCAUUUGCUCGAACCAUCGUGCAAAAGUGUGAAGGCUUGCCACUUGCAAUUGUGGCAAUAGGUGGCCUCAUGUCGCUAAAAGAUAAGAAGAAGCGGGAAUGGAAGGAAGCUGUAGAUAGCCUCAGCUGGGAGCUGAGCAAUAAUCCAAGGCUUGAAAGGGUGAAGAACAUAUUGCUGCUCAGCUACCAUGAUUUACCAUACCACCUCAAACAUUGCUUCUUAUAUUGUAGUGUUUUUCCUGAGGAUUAUCUAAUAAAGCGGAAGAUGCUAAUUAGGCUAUGGGUAGCUGAAGGCUUAGUCGAGAAAAGGAGAGACCUUACAAUGGAGAAUGUUGCAGAGCGCUACCUUCAAGAGCUCGUCUGUAGAAGCAUGAUUCAAGUUGCAAGGACGAAUGAUUUCGGAAGGGUGAAAGCAUGCCGAAUGCAUGAUCUUGUACGCGAUUUAGCCCUGUCUAUAUCAGAGAAAGAGAACUUUUGUGCAGUUUGUGAUAGAACAGAAAGAAUGCAAGAUGGAAAAAAAGCCCGGCGCUUAUCCAUCCAUAAAAGCAGCAAAUACAUUCCAACAGACAUGAAUAUGACUUACCUUCGAUCUUUCUUUGUGUUUGUUACAGAUGUGAUUCCCUCAUCUUCUUUGAACCAAAUAUCAUCAAGUUUCAGAUUGCUAAGGGUCUUGGAUCUACAGGGUGCUUCCAUUGAGAUCCUGCCUGAUGAGUUGUUUGAUUUGUUCAAUUUGCGGUAUUUGAACUUAAGGAAGAACAAGAUCAGGGAGCUUCCAAAAACAUUGAAGAGGCUCCAAAACCUACAAAUCCUGGACAUUAGAGAGAACAAUAUAGAGAGGUUAACAAGCAAGAUAGUAAAGCUGCAGAAAUUGCGGCAUCUGUUUGUACGUGGUCGUGAUGCUCAAAGGUUUGGAAGCUUUAACUUUGUUGGGGGCCUGCAAGUUCCAAAAGGUAUAUGGAAGCUAAUAAACUUACAGAGUCUCAGCUGCAUCGAAGCAAACAGGGAGGUAGUUAGGCAAGUUGGGAACUUGAACCAGCUAAGAAAGUUAGGAAUCGCCAAGGUUAGAGGAGAAGAUGGGCCGGAGCUCUGCGCAUCCAUAGAGAAGAUGGAUUGCCUCGUCAACUUGUAUCUGACAGCAACUGGUGAGGAAGAAUUUCUUCGACUGCAAGCACUAUCUCGUCCUCCACCCCUUCUUCAAAAGCUCACACUGGUCGGGCGUUUGGAGAGACUACCAACUUGGAUUGGCAACCGUUGCAACCUCACUCAUUUGAGUUUGCACUGCUCCCGCCUACGAGUAGAUCCACUCCAUUCCCUUCGAGGUAUGUCCAAUCUGGUGCGCCUUAGUCUUAGUAAGGCAUAUGACGGGCAGUGUUUAUGGAUCCGUGCUGGGUGGUUUGAGAAACUAAAGAUACUAGAACUAUCAGAGUUGAUUCAAUUGAAUUUCAUUGGAAUAGAGAAGACAGCAAUUCCAAGCAUCCAAUCUCUAGCCCUGAUUUGUUGCAGAGAGCUGAAGGAGUUGCCUCAGGGAAUUGAGUACCUUACUGGCCUCCAACAGCUGUACUUACAGAACAUGCCCAAGGAACUGGUAGAGAGCCUGCGAAUACAAGAAAGCAAGUAUAUUCGUCAAAGGGCUCAGCACAUCCCUGACAUCAAGCAUGUUUUCCAAGUAGGUCAGAAAUGGUUUUCUGAAAGCCUUACUUAA